AUGCAAUCAGAUCUUCUUUGUGAUUUUAAUGACUUUGUAGAGCAAGAAAAGAUAUCAGUGCAAUCUGACGGGAAGUACUCACAUACAAAACAAGUUGCCACUGGUUUGGACUGUUUUACCAAAUAUUAUAAACAAUGUGAUAUCAUAACGUUAAAAAAGCUAAUAAACGAUGUACAAAUUAGCACAAAAAUGACACAUAAAGUCUUCGGACCGAUCAUUGGUUAUGCAAUUUCUCCGAAUAAUGGCUUACUUGUCUCUAGAGAGUAUCCAAGAUUAGGAACUCUCAACGAUGCGAUUUCAUCUAGAGAUCCAAUGCUUGAAGAUCCAACUAACAAAAUGAAAAUUAUACAUGGAAUUGCAUCAGCACUUUUAUAUUUGCAUUCAAACAAAAUUACACUAACAAAUCUAAACUCGUCAACAAUUUGGAUUGACGAAAAUUGCGAGCCAAUCAUAGGAGAUCUUAGUUACUCAUGUAUUGAUGGUCCUGACUUCAUGUCAAAUUUUGAAUUUGAUGAGAAAGCAUUUGUUUACUACUCGCCAGAGUGUUUGGCAAAUGGUACCAAAAAAGUUACUAACAAAGCAGAUAUAUUUGCAUUCGGAAUGGUUUUGUAUCACUUAUUAUCAGGAGAACCUCCUUCUCAGCUUUCAUCACGCGAAGAAUUGUAUGAGGAAAGGUACUACGGUGGUAGACCCCAAUUUGGUCCAAAUUUCCCACCAAUGUUUGAAGAAUUAAUUUCUAUGUGUUGGGAAAGUGAAAUUGAUCAGCGUCCUACAGCACAAGAAAUUAUCGAUGUCCUUUCAUCAUCAGAUUUGAUCUUAGAUGGCACAAAUAUUGAGAAAUAUAAUAAUUACAUUAAAAAAGUCGCAUUUACAAAAGAAGAUGAUGCAUUUGAAGUUCUUAAUAAAGAGAAAGCAGAUAUUAUGGAUUUACUCGAGCUUACAAAGACUACAUUUUCAGAUGCAACACUUGAAUAUCAAAAUCACUUAGAAGCAUUGCAACAAGAGAUUGAAGAACUGAAGCAAGGUAACAAAAAUGUACCAUCUUAUGAGAAUCAUGAAACUCAAAUUGUUCCAGAGAAAAACGAAAAGGAAGAAAAGAAUCCUUUGUUAUUACCAUUAAUUGCAUCAAGCUCAAUUGCUGCCUUAUCAGUUGUAGCUUUAUUCUUUAUGAAGAGAAGAAUGAAAUAG